AUGUCGAGCCCAUCCCUAACUCCCGCGCAAACGCACGCUCUCUUCGACAUCCUGGUCCACCACCAGCUCUAUUCGGAGAUUGAAGCUUUUAAAUACCCCAAGGCUAUCGAGCAAUAUGGGUUCCCAUUCCGCAAGGCCGAUGGCGUGCAGACGACGUCGCCUUUGCUCCAGAGCAUGCUGAAUAAGUUUGUGCUGCGGCUACCGGGUCUGAAAAGUGUCGCACUGGAUUUCUGGCAAGACAAAGUGCGCGUGCUGGUCAAGAAGCUAGGCGAUGCGGAGCUCUCCGAGAGCUACGACAAGGGAUCUAUAGGCGCAAGAAAGGCGUUGGCGACGGCGAUAAGCAGCUUGCUGGAAUAUGUGGCAAGGGGCAUGCUGGGCGGAUAUCCCGUGGGCAAGCGGAAAGAGGGCAAGAAAGAGUACGAUACAAGCAAGCCGGAAGACGUCUUGCAGGCUUGGGACGAUGGGAUGAGGGAGCUGAUCUACGGUGACCUUCUAGAUGAGUUGUUCGAGACGGUUGCGAAGUCGGACAAGCUGGAGCAGCACUCCAGUUUGGUCCAGGCGGCGCACGAAUUCAUUCUGUUGAACCUUGCAUCAUUUCUCCACCACGUCUUCAUCAUGUCACCCGACGGCCAAUAUCUCCUCCGUCUCCUCGAGAAUAUACACCGACUCAUUCCAUACAUGAUGAUAAGACAGACACUGCGUGUAGGAAAUGCGGCAACAAUGGUCAAUGGCAUGGUCCGGCUAGUCCUCGCGAAGCUCUCGGUGACCGCCGUGACCAAUUGGAUAGGGCUUACCAACAACACAAACGACGGCAUGAACCUGAUGCAGCAAAUCAUGUCCACGGUCAUGGCGUGGGAUACGUCAGAGUUCCAGAAGCGCGCCCAGAAACUCGAAAGCUGCAAAGAUCCGCCUAAGAAGGAAGUCUUCAAGGCAAUAAAGGCAUAUGUCUACUCUUCAAAGGACAAACACGAUGCCGCGCGCAACAUAUCGCUAGAAGAAUCAAAGUCCAUCGUCGGCGUCAUCCUCGAGACUUCAGAUCCACCUAUAGAUCCCGCUUCUCUCAGCGAACAUCAGCACACUGUAGCGAUGGAAUACUACAGCAACUACCUCUCGAUCCGCGACCGUGAAGAGCUCACCAAGAUCCUCUGCAAGCUCCAACCCGACGUCUUGACCUCUGCUAUGAAAGAUCUCGUCGCAGCAUUUGACCCCGUCAUUCGCGCCGUGCACAACGCCGUCGACCUUUCGGGCACAGUCUACGACGCGGAAGUAUUCCUCACCGACCUGGUCAAAGUGUCAAAGCCUAAGAAACCCUCCGGCACAGGCAGCAGGCCGAGCAGUCGCGCAAGCUCGCCUGGCCCGAACGGUCCUGCUAGCAUUAGUGAUACUGCAAAGGACACACACAAUCCUACCGUCGAAGACUACGUCCAACUUUUAAGGAAGCAUAUGCCCUCUUCCCACAGAUUUCUCCACCAGAUCUGCAAGAACGCGCCUGACCUCGCGAACCAGUAUCGCGAGUACGCGCAAUCCGUCCUCGCCGAAUUCCGCGUCGACAACUCGCCCACCGAAGAACCCACCGCCCACGGCGCCGGCAACAUGACUCUUCCCCUCCAAUCGCUCUUCUCCACCCUCUCGACCGAAAAACAGGACCAAUUGAAGAAGCUGCUCGACAAGCACGAGAAGCACCUCCAAUCGCUAAAGAAGACUUCGCAGUCAAGGUUAGAAACAAUAAUGUCCUCACACACCACAGCCUCCCCUUCAAAACCAAAACACAGCCCUGGCAAAGGCACAACCCACGGGCCCGGCAUGUACCUCUCGCGCUGGCACUCCCUCCUCGAUAGCUGCUACAUCACGCCCGCCACGCUGCACGGCCCCGUACGCCGCGGCUGGGAGGUCAAAGGCGAGCUUGACGGGAAGGGGCUUAAGACGUCUACCGUCAUCAACGGUGUCACGCACAGGCGGCUGGGCAGCAGAGACCGGAAUCAAGGGUUGAAUAUGGCGGAUGGGACUGGUGAUGCGGUGGAGAGACGAGAGAGGAAGAGAGAUGGGCUGGAGGAGGAUAGGGUUAGGGAGGUGUGGGGAAGUAUGGAGAUGGGGUGGGUGGGAGUUUGUAAGGGGUUGGAAGUUAUGGGUGAUUGA